CACAGAGAUAUAGCGACACAACUCCAUAAGAAACUCCGCUGGAAAAUUUUUAAUUAUUUAUUUUUUUCUUUUCGUAUAUUAAAAAACAAAAUAGUAAAAAAUAAAAACAAAAGUAGUAUUUUUUUUUUUUUUUAAAGUUUAAAUAUUUCAGGGAGGAGGGGUAUUUCUUGGCUGUGCCAACUCCUAAAAGGCAUAUAAAGGGGGGUUCGGAAGACUGAUUGGGUUGGGGUUUGGUUGAUAUUUAGGGUUUGAAGAAGCAGAGGGAGGUGGGUGUUGUUGUUGUUGUUAAAACUUUUUGGUUCAACAAUGGCCCUUUCUUCUUUGCUCAGAUCUACUGUCGGAGCUUCUCUUGUCGAAGCUUCACGCUCCGACCUCUCUCACUCUUUCUCCGAUCGUUCCAAGGUCUCUUGCGGUGCUUUCAAUUGCAAUCUGAACUCUUCCAAAGUGCAAUCUAGCAUAUUUGGCACGGCUGUCCCAAGUGUAUCAUAUUCUACAAAAAAGUGUUGUAAUGCCAAGGUAAUCCAACCCAUCAAAGCAACAGCCACUGAACUGCCACCCACAGUUAAGAAAUCACAGACUCGUGGAAAGACAAAGGUUGGGAUAAAUGGUUUUGGUCGGAUUGGAAGGUUGGUUCUACGAGUAGCAACUUCUAGGGAUGAUAUUGAUGUGGUAGCAGUGAAUGAUCCUUUUAUUGAUGCUAAGUACAUGGCUUACAUGUUUAAAUAUGAUUCUACUCAUGGAAUAUUUAAGGGAGGCAUCAGGGUUAUUGAUGAUUCCACCUUGGAAAUCAAUGGGAAGCAGGUUAAAGUAUUGAAUAAAAGGGAUCCGGCUGACAUCCCUUGGGGUGAUUAUGGUGUUGAUUAUGUUGUCGAAUCUUCUGGGGUUUUCACAACAGUUGAGAAGGCUUUGGCACAUAAAAAAGGUGGUGCAAAGAAAGUUGUAAUAUCGGCUCCAUCAGCUGAUGCACCCAUGUUCGUGGUUGGAGUAAAUGAGAAGACAUACAAGCCAAAUAUGGACAUUGUUUCCAAUGCAAGCUGUACUACUAAUUGUCUUGCUCCUCUUGCCAAGGUUGUUCAUGAGGAAUUUGGUAUUCUUGAAGGCCUAAUGACAACUGUACAUGCAACUACAGCAACACAGAAGACUGUUGAUGGCCCUUCAAUGAAGGAUUGGAGAGGAGGUCGUGGAGCUGGACAAAACAUUAUUCCUAGUUCAACUGGUGCUGCAAAGGCUGUCGGAAAAGUUCUGCCAGAACUUAAUGGAAAGCUUACUGGAAUGGCGUUCCGUGUUCCUACUCCUAAUGUUUCAGUUGUGGAUUUAACUUGUCGACUUGAGAAGAGUGCUUCCUAUGAAGAUGUCAAAGCAGCCGUAAAGUAUGCAUCAGAGGGACCACUUAAAGGCAUUCUUGGAUUCACAGAUGAAGAUGUUGUGUCCAACGAUUUUGUUGGCGACUCGAGGUCAAGUAUAUUUGAUGCAAAGGCUGGUAUAGGCCUUAGUAAGUCCUUUAUGAAGCUUGUUACGUGGUAUGACAAUGAAUGGGGAUACAGCAACCGAGUUUUGGAUCUCAUUGAGCACAUGGCAUUGGUGGCAGCAAACUACUAAAUAUGAGUAGAGAUGAAAAGCUGCUAUGUCAACAUUUUUUUAGAGUUUGGCUGGAGAGGUAGAUAUACAAUUAGGAUUUUGGGUUUUUCUUUUUAUUUGAAUGAGAACAUUUGUUAAUAUGCGAGUUUAAAAUGUCUCGCAUAUGAUGCAAAAUGAAAAUAAUGAAAAUUCUAUAUGCACGAGCAUUCGACAUCUAUUUUGUCUGGAUUGUAUCAUAAUAUACAUUUUCAUUGGGGGAGGAUCCUGUUUUCUUCUUUCCGAUUAGGUUUGACAGGUUUAAAGAUGUUAAUUGGAUAUUUGAUGCCAAAAUAUUUCAUUUCCCUUC